GGUUGCAUCUCGCACAUGUGAGAAAUGAUCAGAUCAGCGUGAUCGAUGCCAUUUUCCGAUGUUCAAAAGUAUGAUAAGCUGAUAACAUUGUUUUCCCAGAUUUGUCCCAACUGUUCUCUGUAAGUAAAAGUACGUUCCCAUCAUGAAGUUUUCGUACAAGUUCUCCAACCUACUGGGUUCGGUGUACCGGAGAGGGAACGUGAGUUUCACUCCUGAUGGCAACUCCAUCAUCAGUCCUGUGGGACACAGGGUCAGCGUCUUUGACCUUAAAAAUAACAAGUCGGAGACACUGCCGGUGGAGGCACAGAUGAACAUUGUGUGUGUUGCACAGUCUCCUGAUGGAAGCACUGCCAUUCUGGUAGAUGAAGCUGGAGCAGCACUCCUGGUGAGCCUUGUGAGUAAGUCUGUCCUGCAUCACUAUCACUUCCACAAACCUGUACACACUGUCAAGUUCAGUCCUGAUGGAAGGAAGUUUGCUGUGACCCGUGAGAACCACACGCUGGUGUAUCAUGCGCCCGGGAAGACACAUGACUUCAACCCUUUCCGUCUGUACCGGAGUUACCACGGACCUUACGAUGAUGCCACCUGCAUCGACUGGACAGACGACUCCAGAGCCUUUGCAGUGGGCAGUAAGGACAUGAACACACGUGUGCAUGCUGCGACAGCCCUACAGAACCUGGCCGUCUACAGCUUUGGGGGACACAAGGAUGCUAUUGUGGGCUGCUUCUUCGAGCACAAGUCUUUGGAUUUGUACACAAUCAGUCGGGAUGGAACCUUGGUGAUCUGGGAAUGUGACACUGACCUGGAUGGUCUUGUUCCCGGGUCAGCACGACCAAAAAAGGAGAAGGAAGUGGAAGAAAAGGUCAAAGGUGACUCUGAAGAAAGUGAGGAAGAGGAGGACAAAGACAAGCAAGAGAAGAUUCUAUACAAGAAAGUUUCAAAGCAUUACUUUAACAAGGAAGGUGACUUCAACACCCUGACGUCAUGUGACUACCACAAGCGGACCCACUUCCUGGUGACAGGAUUUGCGUCAGGAAUCUUCCACCUGCACGAGCUACCUGACUUCAACCUCAUCCACUCCCUCAGCAUUUCUGACCAGAGAAUAGCAUCCGUGUCCUUCAACUCCGCCGGGGACUGGAUUGCGCUGGCCUGUUCCGGUUUGGGCCAGCUGCUUGUCUGGGAGUGGCAGAGCGAAUCGUACGUCCUGAAGCAACAGGGACACUUCAACAACAUGUCAUCAUUAGCAUAUUCACCAGACGGGCAGUACAUCGUCACAGGAGGGGAGGAUGGGAAGGUGAAAGUUUGGAACACAGGAAGUGGUUUCUGCUUCGUGACCUUCACGGAACACACGGCGGCCAUUGUUGGAACCAUUUUCACCUCCAACAGACACGUCGUGAUCAGUGCUUCCCUGGACGGCACGGCGAGGGCAUUCGACCUGCACAGGUACCGUAAUUUCCGUACCUUCACGUCACCGCGGCCUGCCCAGUUCUCGUGUUUGGCUGUGGACCACAGUGGGGAUCUGGUGUGCUGCGGGGCUCAGGACAUGUUUGAGAUCUUUGUGUGGUCCAUGCAGACUGGCAGACUGCUGGAGGUUCUUGCUGGCCAUGAAGGUCCCGUUGCCAGCCUCAGUUUCAGUCCGGCAGACGCCAUUUUGGCUAGUGCAUCCUGGGACAAGACAGUGAGGGUCUGGGACAUCUUUGAGCACAAAGGGUGUCGGGAGACUCUGCAACUGGGGUCAGAUGCCCUGGCUGUUACAUUCCGUCCUGACGGAAAAGAAGUUGCCAUAGCGAUGCUGAGUGGAGAGAUCCAGUUCUGGGACCCUCACAACGCCAACCAGACUGGCAGCAUCGAAGGUCGGCAUGACCUUGGGGCAGGGAGGAAGGAAACGGACAAGAUCACUGCCAAGACAUCUGCUGCCGGGAAGGCCUUCUCCACCCUGUGCUACACAGCGGAUGGGACCUGUAUCCUGGCAGGAGGGAGGAGUAAGAACAUCUGUAUCUACCACGUCGCUGAACAGCUGCUCAUCAAAAAGUUUGAGAUCUCCUGUAAUCUCAGCUUUGAUGCAAUGGAGGAAUACUUGGACAGGAGAAAGAUGACAGAGUGGGGCAGCCUGGCAUUGGUGGAUGAAGGACAGGAGGAGGGGGAGGGGGGCACAGCCAUCAGCCUACCUGGGGUCAGGAAAGGUGACAUGGCAUCUCGGCACUGGAAGCCUGAGGUCAGGGUAUCAUGUGUGCAGUUUUCUCCUACAGGUCGUGCCUUUGCCACCACGACCACAGAGGGCCUCAUGGUCUACUCCCUGGACAACAGUUUGACUUUUGAUCCAUUUGACCUUGACAUGGACAUCACCCCGGCAACCAUCAGGAGGAUGCUGGGAAGGAAAGAAUACGCCACAGCGCUGAUGAUGUCAUUCCGACUGAACGAGGGAGCUUUGAUACAAGAGGUGGUAGAGACCAUUCCACACACAGAAGUUUCCCACGUGAGCCAGACAUUACCAGACACCUAUGUUGAUCGAAUGCUGCUGUUUGUGGCCAGUCAGCUGGAGACUUCACGACAUCUGGAGUUCUACCUCACCUGGUGCCAGACACUACUGAUGUUACAUGGACAAAGGCUGAAGAACAGAUCCAUGUCAGUGUUGGCCAUGUUGAGAGCACUGCAGAAGAGUGUUACUAGGAGAUAUGAAGACAUCAGCAAACUGUGUGACAGUAACAGGUACAGUCUGCAAUACAUCCUGUCAGUGGCACAGCAGGAGGGCAGCAGGAAACGGAAGGCAGAGGGGGACCAGGAGGAGGAGGAAGAGGAGAUGGAGGAACUCGGAGAUGAGGACUCCUCCAUACAGAUGUCUGAAGACGACCUCCCCAUGCAAUCACACCAUGUCUGACAGAUUUCCUAACUUUUAUUUCUUCUAACAAAUAAACUUCAUACAUUCU